CCGCGGGAGUUAGACAUGCGCAUUGGAGAAGGACCGCGGGGCUUUUGCGCGUUGCGCGAGAAGACCAAACUAAAGUGGAUGUUGGUAUCAGCUGUUGUCUGCUUCUGUUUCAUGUUGUGUAAAAAUGGCCGGAAUUAAAGCUCUUGUUAGCUUGUCCUUUGGAGGAGCAAUUGGUCUUAUGUUUUUGAUGCUUGGUUGUGCCCUGCCCGCAUACAACAAAUACUGGCCCCUGUUUGUUUUGUUUUUUUAUAUUCUUUCUCCAAUCCCAUACUGUAUAUCAAGAAGAGUAGUGGAUGACACAGAUGCUGCAAGUAAUGCAUGUAAAGAACUGGCUAUUUUCCUGACAACUGGGAUAGUUGUCUCAGCAUUUGGACUACCUAUAGUCUUUGCUAGAGCAGAACUGAUUGAAUGGGGGGCAUGUGCACUUGUGCUCACAGGAAAUGGUGUCAUUUUUGGAACAAUACUAGGGUUCUUCUUAGUUUUUGGGAACAAUGAUGAUUUCAGUUGGCAGCAGUGGUGAUUAAGACAAUACUAAUGCUAAUGUGUUUAAGUUGAGCACUGCAGGAAAGAAUAAUAACGUCAGAGAAUAGCUUUUUUUUCUUAUCGAGCAGUCAUCCAUGCAGCAAAAUUAAGCCAUGCAAUAAACGGAAACAGCAUAACUGUCAUACAGUGUAUUCAGAUAUUCUGGUGAUUCCUUACAAAGAAAAAAAUAAAAACAAAAAAUGGUUGAAACCCUCUGGCUUUUGGGUUUAAGCCAGUCCACGUAUCAAGUGCUGUCCUUGAAUGUAAAGAUGCCAAAGGGUGGCAACAGAGCAAGCUAGUGAGUUGGGUGGCAUUAGCAGCAUGUAAAAGAGCAGAACUACUGCUUCUUCCCCCAGUAAGAGAGAUUCAUAAUUUCAUUGUUUUCUUUGUGGAAAAGACGCACAGUUGGAUGUGUCAAAUGGAACGCUUUGUUUUCCUUUAAAAUCAUCACUUUCAUUUAUAACGCUCAAUAUAUUUUCCAUGUGAUUCAAACGUGUUUCUGUAAAAUGCCAAUAGUACCUUUUUAUAGUGUGUGUAUGUAUGUAUGUAU